CAAGCUCCGCCUUAUAAAUUGCACCUGCUUCUUUUUGCAAAACUCAUCCUCCCCAACGAACCCAAGAGGCGAAAAUGACCCACUCAUUUCUUCUCCUAGCUUUCCUCCUCCAAGCGACGCUCCACAUCUCAGCUCAACCCCCACCACCAGCACCGCUUGCAUCGCCUCCGUCGCCGGCGGCCCAGCUCCCCGCCGCCGCCCAGGAGUUCCUGGACGCCCACAACCAGGCCAGGGCCGAGGUGGGCGUGGCCCCGCUCCGCUGGAGCCCGCAGCUGGCCGCGGCCACGAGCCGCCUGGUCCGGUACCAGCGGGACCGGAUGUCGUGCAACUUCGCCAACCUGAUCGCCUCCAAGUACGGCGGGAACCAGCUGUGGGCCGGCGGGGCGGGGACGGCAGUGCCGCCGCGGGCGGCGGUGGGGGCGUGGUUGAAGGAGAAGAUCUACUAUGACCACGCCAACAACACGUGCGCGGAGGGCGCCGCUGCUGGGGUGUACACGCAGGUGGUGUGGAGGAACAGCUCGGAGUUGGGGUGCGCACAGGCGAGUUGUCCCAAGGAGGCGGCGAGCCUGACCAUCUGCUUCUACAAUCCGCGGAAUGUCGUCGGAGAGAGGCCUUACUAAGCAGACCGGCGAUGUAGGGCGAGGGAUCUUUGGGAAGAACGGGGCUUGAGUUGGUCUGUACUUUUUAUUAGUCUUAAAGAUGUUCUCUCCUCAGUUUGGACAGUAGAAGAAAGGAAGCACCCGUGAUCUUCCGCUUUUUGGGAUUUCUUUCUUUACAUUUUUAAGAUUAUGUCUUAUCUAAAUUGCGCAUUUCUUUAGUUUUCAAUUGAUC